UUUUAUUUUAUUCUUUUAUUCGGUCUUCCUUUUUUUUUUUUAUCUCCUUGCAAAAUACCCUUUUAUUAUUCAUUUACACAUGAUGGCCGGUGAAAACGCGGUCAAUUUUGUGAUUGGGGUAUUUGUAUCUUUAGGAGCUUCGUUUAUGGAUGCUCUUGGUUUGAAUAUAUUGAAACUAGAUCAUGUCAAAGAAGGUAAUAAACCAACACGACGAGGUGAUUGUGGACGUCCUUUAUGGCAUAUUGGACUUUAUACUUAUGUAGCUAGUCAACUUAUUGGUAGUACUAUUGCUCUUAAUUAUCUCAAAACUCAGUGGGUAGCUCCUCUUGGUAGUGUUGCAUUGAUUUACAACUUUAUUUUUGCCAAAAUUUUGGUGGGAACAAACAUUACAAGAAAGGAUGUUUUUGGUACUUUAGUUGUUGUAGCUUCUGUGAUCUGGAUAGUUGUUUUUGGUGGCAUGUAUAAUGGAGAAGACCCGGAAGCUUCUAUCUCUUUGGAAAAUCUCAAGACUUUAUUUACAAGACCUAUCUUCAUCAUUUAUUUUAGUGCUUUGAAUAUUGUUACAUUUUCUGGUUUGGCUUUUGCUAUAUGGUCACGCUGGGCUAUUUCUGAUCAAUUAAAACGACCCGUUUUUGUUGGUAUGACAACUAAGAAGAUGCGAAGGAUGGUUGGUCUCAUGUUUAGUUUGGAUGGUGGUCUAUUAGCUAGUGAAACUCUUUUAUUGGCGAAAAGUGGUGUCAAACUUUUUACAUUGUCCGUCAAUUCUCAAGUCAAUCAAUUUACAGACAACACAAGUCGAUUCAUCAUUUUAGCCUUAAUCAUCACAGCAAUCUUACAGGUUUAUUGCUUGAAUACCGCCUUGAAAUUAUAUACUUCUGUUGUGGUUGUUCCUGUAUUUUAUGGUACUUAUACUGCAGUUGGUUUGGUGAAUACAAUCAUCUAUUUGGACGAAAUUGGUAAUUAUCCUGGUUGGGCCAUCUCUCUUGUCUUUGUUGGUAUUAGUGUAUUGGUAUAUGGUGUUUAUCUUCUUAGUUCCAAACCUGAUCCAACGUCUCAUUCACAUGAUGAUGAAGAUGAUGACGAUGAUAAUGACACUCCUCAGAUUCAACGUCAACAAGUAGUUGUAAUUGUCCCUCUUGAACAGGAAAUGCAUGCCAUCUCAUCAACUUCUACUUCAGCUAAUUCACCUACAUCUUCUCGACCACCUGUUUAUUCAUCAGAAACUAUUACAUUAACCAAUAAUUAUACUCAACAACAACAACAGCAACAACAAUAUAAGACCAAUGUGCCUGAUGAAAAGCAUCCAUAUUCAUUCCCAUCAACAGCAUUGACAAAGACGAUUUCUAAGACGAUCUCUAGUACAACAGCAACAGCAUAUGAACAACAACAACAACAACAACAACAACGGCAACCCUUUGGAUCAACGAGGUUAGUGGAUGAAGCUAUCUACGAGCAUAAUCAUGACGAUCGACAUCAUAGAACUUCAUCAUCUAAUCGGUGGAUACAACGGUUACUUUCCAAAACACCAUGGCGUACUUUUCAACAUCAUCGACGAGAGGAUACAUUUCUCAGUUUACAUAGUACAGAAACAAACGGAUCACUCUCUCUACCUCAUAGACCAGUAGAUAUCAUACCAACAAAAAAAACAGAUCAGCAAUGCGAUACAACAUCACUAACCAGACGAGUACAACGAACUUCUCAACUUUCAGACUCUUCCGAUCCUCAACUUGAUGCUGAUGAUGGAGGAAAAGAUCGACUGGAAAAAUGACCCAACAAAAAAAAAAAAUAAUCAUCAUCGAUUAGUUGUGUAAUAUAUAAUCAUCCUCUUCAACACUUGUACAAAAUAGCCAACAAAUAAUACCAGCAACAACAAACGAAGAAAACAAAUAUGCCCAGAAACAUUCUUGAUCUUUUUUUUUUUUUCAUGUAUCUCCAAUUUG